AUGUCCUCUGAAGAGCUAUACUUUGACUAUCGUGGACUCAGUCUUCCCAAGACGAUCCACACCGCAGAAAGCUUGGAGUUUGCGCAGGAAUUCAAAUUUAAAGACGAUGACGUCAUCGCUGUCACCUACCCGAAGUCAGGUACAAUCUGGAUGCAGGAGAUUCUGCCACUGGUGCUUAAUGGUGGUGAUCUGAAGCCAAUCCAAACCAUUCCAAACUUUGAAAGGAUGCCUUGGCUGGAGGAGAUAAAAUUGUCCAUUGUUGUGGAUCAAUUGAAAUCUCCGCGAGCACUAGUGACUCAUUUUCCUUAUCACCUCAUGCCUGCAUCCUUUCACACCUCCAAAGCCAAGGUGAUCUAUGUUGUCAGGAAUCCAAAGGAUGUCCUGGUGUCUUCAUACUACUUCCACCAGAUGGCAUCAUUCCUCGAGGAUCCAGGAACUUUUGAUGAGUUCAAAGAGAAAUUCCUGGAUGGCAGAGUGAUGUUUGGAAAAUGGACGGACCAUGUGAAGAGCUGGAGACACACAGAGCUGACAGACAGAAUCAUGUACAUCUCAUAUGAAGAAAUGGUUCAGGACCUGCCUGCGUCUCUCAGGCGUUUAUCUGGUUUCCUGGGCACUAACCUGAGUGAAGACACCAUUCAGAAGAUCGCAGAGCAUUGCACCUUUAAGACCAUGAAGAACAACAACAUGUCCAACUUCAGCCUGCUGCCAAAGAAAUUCAUGGACUCUGACAAAUCUCCAUUCUUCAGGAAAGGUAUUGCUGGAGACUGGAAAAAACAUUUCAGCUCAGAGCAGCUGGCCCGGUUCACAUCAGUCAUUUGCAAAGAGAUGGAGGGUGAGAGCUUCUCUCUGCCGUGGAGUCUGGACUGAGCCACAGCCAGAGGAGA